AUGUAAGUAUUAAUUCAUGCUUUAUCUAAUUAUGCUGACCCUUUAAAGAGACCUAAUGAAAUUAAAGCUUAAAUUUCUGAAGCUUUAGAGUAAAUAAAGUUUUUUGCUGAAUUCUUAAGAGGUGAAAAAAUAAAAUAAAAUGCUCGACAUUUACUUUUAGAAUUUUCUAAUUAUUUAUCUCUAGAAACUUUCAAAAGUGGAGAAAUAAUUUGUAGAGAGGGUGAUAAAGGAGAUAAGUAAAUUAAUUUUUUAUCAUAUAGAUUUUAUAUUAUACUUUAAGGUAAUGUAGGUGUAUACAGAAAAAAUAUUAAUUCGAAUUAUGAACCAAAUUCUGCAUUGUCAGAAUCAAUUUUUAUGGACUAAAAUGUAAAGAUAGGUCACCUCAAAGAAGGUGAAACUUUUGGUGAAUUGGCUCUCUCAUUAAAUAAGCCUCGUUUUGCUACUAUUAAAGCACAAUCCUCAACAGUUAUUCUUUGUAGUUUAAGUAAAGACAAUUAUGCAAAAAUGACUAAUGUAAUUUAAUUAUUUAGAAUUUAGUAUAUGUAAAGAGAAUUAAAUUUGAAAACCAAUGCUUUGGCUACUUUAUUUCCAAAAUUAUCCCAAAAUUCUUUGAUUCGUCUUGCUUAUCUUUUGUAAAUUCAAAUCUUCCCCAAAAAUCAUUGCAUUUAUAAAUAGGGAGAAAUUGCUUCUGGGUUCUACAUUCUUUCUGAUGGUGAAGUUAAAUUAGAAUAAAUUUGCAAAAAUUCUACUUAAAUAUAUAUACCAAUUAUGGUAUUAACACCUGGAAGUCUUUUUGGAGUAUAAAAUGUCUUAAAGAAUUAACCAUAUGAUAAUUAAGCUAUUUGUUUAACUUAAAAGGUUACUGUAUACAAAUUUACAUGUGAAUCUUUUGAAUAACUUGGAGAUGAUUAUAGUAAAAAAGCUUUAUAGGCAGCAGAAAGAACUUGUAGAAGAGAACCUAAAAUAUAAAGUUUAUAAUUGGUUUAUUAACCUGAAAUAAGUAAUUAUAUUUAAUGAUUUUUUGAAAUUAGCAUAAGAGAACUUGAUGAAUAGAAUAAAUAAAAUCCUAAAAAAUAAAGAACAAUUAAAUCUUGUGGAAAACAAUAAGAAAAUUGUAGAAAGUUAAGAUCAAAUAUUAUAUAAAAUUAGAUUACUUUUAGAAACCCAUUUUUUACUGAUUUAGAUGCUGAUAAUUUCAAAUAAAUAAAAAAGAUAUCAAUUGAAUAGAUCAAAUAAGCUGAUGUUAAAAAGUAAUAAUAUUUAAUAAAUAAUACUUAGAUAUAAUUAAUAAUUUGCAAUUAAAAAUUAUUUUGAACCAAUAGAAAUAGCUCCAAUCUUAGAUUCAAUAAAAAGAUAGAAGAAUGCAAAAUGUUUAAGUUUUGCUUCAAUUAGAGAAAAUACAGCAAAUUAAACAUCCAUGUACUCAUAUCCAGCAAGUGGAUAUAAUACUGCGAGAGUAUUAACAUUACCAUCCCCAAGUCAUACUAGACAUACAUCUCAUUCAAAAAAAAGUAGAUUUUGA